AUGACUAAACAAGACGAUCCUUCAUCUACUGGUCCAUUAACACUUAAAUUUGCUGGUAUUGAUGAUGAAACAACAUCAGAAGAAGAAGUAAAAGAAGAAAAAAAUUGUAUUCAAACAUAUAAACCAGUUUCUACUCUAUAUGUACGAAACGGAGAUACUCAUAAUCUAACUAUUAAUAAUUGUUAUGAAAAUAAUAAUGUAAGCCAUCGUCGUAAUCAAUCAACAUCAAUUCCAUAUAAAACUUAUUUUGAAAAUCGUGAACGUCAUUGGACAUUUAUACCGAAUACAGAUGUAAUUGUUGUUAAUGUUGCUGUUAGUCGUGAACAUCAUUUUCGUCUGAAUCCAUUUUUAUAUACAAUAACAUUAAGGCAUGGAGAAUUCAAUUGGACAAUAACAAAAAAAUAUAAAGAUUUAGUUAUAUUUUUUGAACGUAUGAAUGUUUUUCAAAAAACUGCUGCUUUACCGAUUCCAACUACAUCACAUCGUGAAAUUCGUCGUCAGAUGUCACAUUCACAUGCUGUACAAGGUCUUACACUUAAACCUGAUAUGCUUGUUGAUGAUAGCGAUAUUAAUGAUCGUGAAAAACUUGUAGCUGAAAAAUUAAAUUCCAUAGUAAAUCAUCCAGUUCUUUCACUUCAUAAUGAAUGUAUAAAAUUUGUUGAAUCAUCUCCAUUAUCAUUUAUGAGUGAAUUAGGUCGUAAAUAUAAAGAAGGUAUUGUAAAAAAACAUUCAGGUGGUUAUAGACAAGGUUGUUGUGCUAAUAUUGGUGCACGUAUUAAAUGGCUCAAACGUUGGUUAAUAACAAAAGACUCUUGGAUUGCUUAUUUAAAUCCUAAAACAGGACAUGUACGUGCUGUUAUGCUUGUUGAUAAAUUUUUUCAUGUACGUACUGGUCGUCUUCAUACUGGUUCAGUUAAAAAAUUAUAUAUUUCGAAUUUAUCACGUCGACUUUAUUUAAAUUGUCCAACUGAACGUAAAGCAAUUGAAUAUUUCGAUGAUAUCAAUCGAAUGUUAAAAACAACAGGUCGAGAUUUUUAUAUUGAAAAACGAUUUAAUUCAUUUGCUCCGAUAAGAGUAAGUACAAAAUGUCAAUGGCUUGUUGAUGGUUCUGAUUAUAUGGAAGCUGUUGCUAUUGCAAUUAAAUCAGCUACAGAAGAAAUUUAUAUAACUGAUUGGUUUCUUAGUCCCGAAAUUUAUCUUAAACGUCCAGCUUUAUCUGAUGAAUGGCGUUUUGAUAAAAUGUUAGAAAAAAAAGCGAAUGAAGGUGUACGAAUAUUUGUUUUAUUAUAUAAAGAAGUUGAAUUAGCUAUCGGAAUAAAUAGUUCUUAUUCAAAAAGGAAAUUACUUCAAGCACAUCCAGAAAAUGUUAAAGUUCUUCGUUAUCCGGAUCAUACAGGUCAAAAUGCUGUAUUAUUUUGGGGACAUCAUGAAAAAUUAGUUAUUAUUGAUCAAAGUAUUGCAUUAUUCGGAGGAUUUGAUUUAUGUUAUGGUCGAUGGGAUAAUUAUCAACAUUUAUUAACUGAUUUCGGAAGUGCAUUACCAAUGAAACAUCAUGCAGGUCAAAGUGUACCAAGAACACAUAGUGUUCCAUUUAUCAAUCAAAUAACUCAACCACCAGUUUCAAUUGAUGCACUUGAUCUUGAUAGUGCAACAUGUAAUCGUUUUAUAGAUGCAAAUGAUCAUAAUGAACCAACAACUGAAGGAACUCCAUCUCCAUCACCACGUCCAAUAACUACUACUGAUUUAUUUUUUCCAACAAAACUUGCUCAGUUUCGUAGUGAAUAUCAUCUUAGAGAUUAUCUUAAAGAACCACAUUCAUCUGAUUCAAUUUCACAUAAUAUAAAUGAUAAUUCAGUAUCAUUAUCAUCAAAUCGUUCAAUGUCAAAAACACUUAAUGAUCAAACAUGUGAUACAAUUGAUCGAGCAAUAAAUCCAACACGACGUUAUUCAUCAUCAGAUAUUGAUCAACAAUCAGUUCAUCUCAUGGAUAUGCAACAUAGACAAUUAAUUGAACAACAAAAAAAACAUCGAAUUUAUCAUUUUAAUCAUACACUUUUUUCAAAUAUAUAUAAACGUACACAUCGUUUAUCAUCAGCUGAUUCUCAAACAUAUUUAAAUAUGAUUCAAAAUCGUGAACGUCAUACACGUCGUCAAGAUCAAAGUGUUAGAGAGUCAGACAUAAAUGAUCAACAUACAACAUCAGAUAGUGUUUAUAGUCGAGCUUUAGAAAAAUAUAUUCUUAAUCAUGAACAAGAAGAAAAUGAAGAAGGACAACAACAACGUCGAUUAUAUCGAACAAUACUUUCUGUACCUGAUGGAGGAACUCGACGAAGAGCAACUAGUACAUCAUCACGUCAAAGGCUUUCUUCGUGUGGUAAUGCAUCGGAUUCACAAACAGAAACUAAACAACAAAAAAUGGCAAAAUUAAAUGCUGAAUCAAAUAAUCGUGCAAAAAAACUUUCAUCUCUUUUAGCUCGUCGAAGAGCAAGUUAUUAUCCCGAUGAUAGACCUAAUGUUUUAUCGGAUGAUCAAAAAAAGAAACGAGAUGUUAUAUGGCCACUCAAACGAUCUUAUUCAUUUGAUACACCUUUUCAUCGUGAAACAAUUGAAGCUUUAAAUAAAGGUAUGCUUAUAAGUAAAAUCAAAAAGAAAAAAAAAACAAAAUAA